GAAGUUCGGUAUUAGUUGAAAACGCCUGAUUGAGUGAAGUGUAGCCAACUGUCAAAGAAGACCUAAAUUAAAAUGAAAUUGUUCGUCGCCAUCGCAUUUGCCGUCAUUGCCAGCGUUGCUGCCGAUGUCAGCCACCUGAGCAACACUUACCUGCCACCAUCCCAGGCUGCUGCUAGCUCAAUUUCCUCAGAGUACCUGCCACCGGCUGCCAGUUACUCAGCGCCAAGCUACUCGGUUGCUGCUUCAGCACCAAGUGUAUCGUACGCUGCUCCAGCUCCAGCUCGCUCAGUCUCCUACUCAGCACCUGCUCCAGCUGCUUCCUACUCAGCGCCAAGCUACUCGGUUGCCGCCUCAGCACCAAGUGUAUCGUACGCAGCUCCAUCUCACUCAGUCUCCUACUCGGCCCCAGCUCCAGCUGCUUCUUACUCCGCACCAAGCUACUCGGUUGCCGCCUCGGCACCAAGUGUUUCAUACGCUGCUCCAGCUCGCUCAGUUUCAUACUCGGCACCCGCUCCAUCUGCUUCUUACUCCGCACCAAGCUACUCGGUUGCCGCCUCGGCACCAAGUGUAUCGUACGCUGCUCCAGCUCGCUCAGUUUCCUACUCAGCGCCAAGCUACUCGGUUGCCGCCUCAGCACCAAGUGUAUCGUACGCAGCUCCAUCUCACUCAGUCUCCUACUCGGCCCCAGCUCCAGCUGCUUCAUACUCUGCACCAAGCUACUCGGUUGCUGCUUCGUCUCCAAGUGUAUCCUACUCAGCUCCAGCUGCCAGUUAUAGCGCUCCAGUCGCUGCUGCUUCCUACUCCUCGCCCUCAUACUCCAGCGGUGGCACCGCUUAUGGUUCCAACGGUGGCUACAUCUACCGCAAACGUCACUUUCAAAAUAUCGAUUUAACCGACUUAGAAGUCCAUCUGAAAAUGAAAAUCUUCGUUCUUAUCGCCAUUAUUUCGCUGCUGGGCACUAGCGCUAACGGUCUCAGCAGUGGCUAUUUGCCACCUAAAGCCUCGUCCUCCAAUUCGUACAACACUUACGCGGCGCCGGCCUCUUAUGCUGCUCCGUCCGUAUCGCAUGGCAGCUUCGCAUCAGCACCAAGUUUCGGUAGCGCUGGUGCUGCUUCCGGCCAUCAUGCUUCCUACGCCACAGCUCCUUCGGUCAGCCAUGUUAGCUAUGCUGCUCCUGCGCCAAGACCAGUAGUUCAUGCUGCGCCAGUUGCAGCUGCUUCGUAUUCAGCUCCUGUGUACUCAGCUCCUGCUCCAAGGCCAGUAGUCCAUGCCGCGCCAUUUGCAGCUGCUUCGCACUCAGCUCCCGUAUACUCAGCUCCUGCUCCAAGGCCAGUAGUCCAUGCCGCGCCAGUAGCAGCUGCUUCACAUUCAGCUCCUGUGUACUCAGCUCCUGCUCCAAGGCCAGUAGUCCAUGCAGCGCCAUUUGCAGCUGCUUCGCACUCAGCUCCCGUAUACUCAGCUCCUGCUCCAAGGCCAGUAGUCCAUGCCGCGCCAUUUGCAGCUGCUUCGCAUUCAGCUCCGGUGUACUCAGCUCCUGCUCCAAGACCUGUAGUCCAUGCUGCGCCAGUUGCUGCUGCUUCGCAUUCAGCUCCCGUCUACUCGGCUCCUGCUCCAAGGCCACAAGUAUUUGCCGCUCCAGUUGCAGCGGCCUCGCACGCUGUUCCUUCAUAUUCAGCCCCAGCCCCAAGGCCAGUGGCUCCUUCGUAUUCCGCUCCUUCCGUUAGUUACGGUGGCAGUGGCGCUGCCUCCAAUAUAGGAUAUUCCUACUCAUCUCCAGCUGUCGCCGCUUCUGCUCCCCAAGUAGCUUACUCAGCACCAGCUCCAGCUCGCUCUUCGUUUGCUGCUCCCUCGAACAUUCAAGAAAUUGUAGCUGCUGGAUCUUCAAACUACGACACUAAGUAUGCUGCCGAUGGUGGUUAUGAAUACCGUUACAGACAAAGAAGACACUAAACUGGUUUUAUCGAUAAUACAAUGGUAUUCAGUAUUUUUUCUUUGAUGCUGUCUAAAGUCAGCACAAAAACGAUUGCACGAAAAAUAAAUAAAAAUGAAAUGAAGCAAUA